UCAAGAAGCGCACUCCCCCGUCAUUUGUUUCAAUCCGCUUGCAGGUCAUGAGCGUCACCUUUGUGCAACCUGCCCUCUACAAUGCAGCGCCAGCUGCACCAGCUGCUUCAUCUACUCGACCAGCCCAGUCACAACGGGAAGCACCUGGCUGGGGGACUGCUGUUGGCUUCACCACCGCGAGCCUUGCCGCCUGCCACAGCCGGAGUGUACGCAGUAAGCGCAGCACACGGCGUGCAAAGGAGUCCCGCACCAGGACCGUGAAUCCAGCGAACAAUGAGGCGGAGGACCCGCGAGAUUUCCCCAAGCCGUCCUGCAUUGACCAGACAGACAACUAUCGAGAGGGCGAGGCCUUGUCCAGGAAGCUCCUGAGUCUGAAGGGGGCCGAGUCCAAAACGGUUGCGAUUAUUGGGGGUGGUUUGUCCGGCUUAGCCUGCGCCAAGUAUUUGGUGGAUGCUGGGCACAAGCCAAUUGUUCUCGAGGCCCGGGACUGCUUGGGUGGCAAGGUGUCAGCCUGGAAAGACAAGGAUGGGGACUGGAUCGAAACUGGCCUCCACAUCUUUUUCGGUGCCUAUCCCAACAUGAUGAACCUCUUUUCGGAGCUUGACAUUGAAGACCGUCUGCAAUGGAAGCGACACCAGAUGAUUUUUGCCAUGCAGGAGCUUCCGGGAGAGUUCACCACCUUCGAUUUCCUCGAGGGCAUCCCCGCUCCCUUCAACUUUGGCCUUUCUAUCCUUCUGAACCAGAAGAUGCUGACCCUGCCGGAGAAGCUGCAGACGGCGCCGGCGCUCUUGCCAAUGCUGGUGGAGGGUCAGAAGUUCAUCGACCUCCAAGAUGAGCUUUCGGUCUUCAACUUCAUGGAAAAGUAUGGCAUGCCGGACAGGAUCAACACAGAGGUGUUCAUUGCCAUGGCAAAGGCCUUGGAUUUCAUCGACCCGGAGAAACUCUCCAUGACGGUGGUCCUUACUGCAAUGAACAGGUUCCUCAAUGAAACCGACGGUUUGCAGAUGGCCUUCAUCGAUGGGAAUCAGACCCAGCGCCUCUGCGAGCCUCUGAAGCAGUACAUCGAAGCGCGUGGGGGCAAGGUGCUGUGUGACAAGCCCAUUGCAAGUAUUGAGACGAACGCGGAUGGCUCGGUCAGCUCAUUUUUGCUUCGAGAUGGGGAACACAUCGUGGCUGACGAGUACGUGUCCUCUGUGCCCUGCGACAUCAUAAAGCGCAUUCUGCCGCGCGCAUGGUCGACGGACCCCUUCUUCAGACAGAUCGAUGAGCUGGAGGGCAUCCCCGUGAUCAACAUCCACCUGUGGUUCGACAGGAAGCUUCUCAACGUGAACCAUCUUUGCUUCAGCCGUAGUCCUCUGCUCUCCGUGUAUGCUGACAUGAGCACCUGCUGCAAGGAGUACGAGGAUCAGGACAAGUCCAUGCUCGAGCUCGUGUUUGCGCCUUGCUCCCCCAUCGCUGGCGGCAGUGUCAACUGGAUGGGCAAGAGUGAUGAGGAGAUUAUCCAGGCGACCAUGAAGGAGAUGGAGCGGCUCUUCCCCACAGAGAUUGGCCCGCAGCUGCCGGAUGGCGGAGCAAAGCUCGUGAAGCAUGCUGUGGUGAAGGUGCCUAGAAGUGUCUAUGCGGCCAUCCCGGGCCGGAACAAGUUCCGACCCUCGCAGGAGACCCCGAUCAAGAACUUUACGCUCGCAGGUGAUUGGACGAGCCAGAAAUUCCUCGGCAGCAUGGAGGGCGCCGUCCUCGCAGGGAAGUUGGCUGCGGAAGUUGUGGCCUGCAAGGCAGCAGGCGAGCCCACCAAGGGUUUGAAGAAAAUUGACCCAUCCAUCCUCAAGAAGAAGGACGAGUUUGUGCCCAAGGACCCCAUGGGCGUGAAGGGCAAGACGCCCAUUGCCUUCGGCGGGGGCGAGGUUCUGGGCAGUAACUUCGAACAGAAGCUCAACGACCAGGAAGCCGUCUUGCUGGAAGCGUGAGACGGGUCGGCGUGCGCCAUAGUGCCUUAGGGUGCUUUUGUUCACCGAAGGGGCCAACACUUUGAAGGAGGCAGUAGCUCACAACAGCCUGCCA